AUGAGCUCAAAAGACCAAAAAGUCUCAGAUGCAUGGAUAGAUAUCGAAGAGUGUGUUUCGAGCAAAAGACUGUUUCAUUCAGAUACAUAUCAUAAAGUAUCAAACGCAGAAAAAAUUCGAGUUCAACGAGAUCUACUCGACUGGUACCAUGCCGAGAAAAGAACCAACAUGCCCUGGAGACAAGACAAUGACAAAACUUGGGAUCGACAACGUUUAGGUCAAAGGGCAUAUGAAGUGGCUACAGUCAUUGACUAUUAUAACCGUUGGAUGACUGCUUUUCCAACCAUUCAUGACUUGGCCAAAGCAGAUAUUGAAAAAGUAAAUACAUUAUGGGCUGGAUUAGGCUAUUAUUCUCGAGCAAAACGGCUUUGGGAAGGUGCACAAAAAGUAGUAAAUCAAUUAGACGGUCUUUUGCCAGACAAUGCUAAAGAUUUGCAACAUGAAAUACCUGGUGUAGGAAGGUACACAGCGGGUGCUAUCUCUUCCAUUGUGUUUGGUGAAACGACACCUGUUGUAGAUGGAAAUGUGAUUCGUGUCAUUGCUCGUUGGAGAGCCAUUUAUGCAGAUUCUAAAAAGGCAAAGACCAUUGAUUUAUUCUGGGAUAUUGCUGCUCAAUUAGUGUCUGAAACAAAUCCAGGCGACUUCAAUCAAGCCAUGAUGGAAUUAGGUGCUCGUGUUUGUACUCCUCAGAAUCCUAGCUGUACAAUGUGUCCUAUUAGAACAGACUGCAGAGCAUUAAAUCAACUCCAAGUGGCAAAAGACAUGUCGAAAAAUGGAUUCUUUGACGAAGCAAAAAGAAAGAGAAAGCAUGAAUCUACUGAACAUGCAUGUUCUGUAUGUCAUGAAAUACAGUCUGAUUUGUCAGAAGAAGAGUACGUGGUGACAAAAUAUCCUCUUAAAGUAGACAAGAAGCCUCCCCGAGAUGAAGAAUGUGCUGUCUGUAUUGUGGAGAGGAUUGUUUCUAAAGACCAAGAGCCUCUUUAUUUGAUAUCCAAAAGAUCAGACACUGGUUUAUUGGCUGGCUUAUGGGAAUUCCCUAGCCUAGAAUUAGAUUCUCUUGACACCUCUUAUCAGGAUCGUUCUAAAAAAGCAACUGAAUUUUUAAAGCAAAAAUAUCAAUUGGACUUCAAAAGCCCAACUAGACAAGAUUUAGGCAACGUUGUUCACUUAUUUUCUCAUAUUCGCAAAGUGUAUCAUAUUGAAUGGAUUCAAUACCAAGAUGAGCAUGAAAGGAUGGACACAGACCAAACAAAAUGGGUUACUCUAGAAGAAUUAAAAGUAUCACCUAUACCAACAGGUCUCAAAAAGGCAUUGAAGUUACUUGAAAAGUUCAAAACUACAAAUUCAACCGCCUUAACAAAAAAGAAAAAAGUAGUAACCAAAAAGACUACUGUCAAGUCAGCAAAUAUUACUUCCUUUUUUAAAGCGACAAAAUAA